ACUACGCGAUGCAAACAAUGUUACCUCAAAUUUAGACUUCUUUAUACAUCCGCUUCCAAACUGAGUGGCAGUAACCUCUGAUUGGAGCGCAGGAUUUAAUUAUGGACAAAAUUCAUGCUAUUAUGCUCUUCAUUGUGGCGUUUAUGCUUUUGACGGCCGAGACGCUCGACCAGCAUAUGGAAGAACGAAACAAGAAAGUACAGCCGUUUCUGACCGAAUGCAUGUGCGCCUCUGGUGCAGAUCCGGACGAAGUCGCCAAAUGGUUCGCAAAUCGAACAUACUCCUCGUCUGCUUGUUUCAAAAUCUUUACCCAGUGCGCGGCCCAAAAAUCGGGUAUUAUGUCAGUUGAUGGUGAAAUUAACGUCGCCGCUCUAUCGAAGUAUCCCAUGAUUAGCAGGGAACAAGUGGAUGCGUGCCAUAGUGCCCAUAAUAAUACUAGGGACCUCGCCGACAAGCUGUUUCAGGUGACAAAAUGUGUCCAGGAGACAAUUAAUGAGAACGCGAAGAACGAACCCGUGCUAUGCGAAGAUCCAGAUCCCAUCAUUUAUGUAUAAGUAGCUUUAUAGCAGUAAAGAAGGCGUUACCUUCCUUCUGAUAAAAUAAUGCACACUUUUGUGUAGUUUGAGGUUAGUGUACUUAGAGAAUAAUAAAAUAAAGGCAAUGAAGCAUC